ACUCCCUCUGCGGCCGCUGAGCCGAGCUGACGCCCGCCAGGGCCCUGCUGCAGCCCUCCGCUCUCCCCUCUAUCAUGCCCGGGGCCCGGGCCUGGGCCGCCCAAACAGCCAGGACAACAUGCCCGAGGGCUGCGAUGGCGACGGCGGGGAGGUGCCCGCGCUCAUCCCAGACAGCGAGCCGCUGCGGGAAGAGCAGCGGCCCCUGAAACAGUCCCUGGGAAGCUCCCUGUGCCACGAGUCCAACUGGAAGUGCCUGCUCCUCACGCUGCUCAUCCACGCCUGCGGUGCUGUGGUGGCCUGGUGUCGGCUGGCUACCGUGCCCCGGCUGGUCCUGGGGCCAGAGGCAGCCCUGGCCCGUGGGGCUGGGGCCCCGCCGCCCACCUACCCAGCCAGCCCCUGCUCCGAUGGCUAUCUAUACAUCCCACUAGCCUUUGUCUCCCUCCUCUACCUCCUCUACCUGGCCGAGUGCUGGCACUGUCACGUGCGGUCAUGCCAGGCACCGCGCACUGACGCCAACACCGUGCUUGCUCUGAUCCACCGGCUGCAGCAGGCGCCGCCCUGUGUCUGGUGGAAGGCCACGAGCUACCACUACGUUCGGCGCACCCGCCAGAUCACUCGCUACCGGAACGGCGACGCCUACACCACCACGCAAGUCUACCACGAGAGGGCUGACAGUCGCACCGCCCGGGGAGAGUUUGACUACUCAGCACACGGCGUCCGUGAUGUCUCCAAGGAACUCGUGGGGCUGGCUGACCACGCGGCCACGCGGCUGCGCUUCACCAAGUGCUUCAGCUUCGGCAGCGCCGAGGCCGAGGCUUCGUACCUCACCCAGAGGGCCCGCUUCUUCGGCGCCAACGAGGGCCUGGACGACUACCUGGAGGCCCGCGAGGGCAUGCACCUGAAGGACGUGGACUUCCGCGACUCCCUCAUGGUCUUCGCCGACCCCCACAGCCCGCCCUGGUACGCCCGUGCCUGGGUCUUCUGGCUGGUGUCCGCGGCCACGCUGUCCUGGCCCCUGCGCGUGGUGGCUGCCUACGGCACCGCGCACGUGCACUACCAGGUGGAGAAGCUCUUUGGCGCCAGCUCCCCCCCACCCGGGGCCGUGCCCAGCGGGCCCCCGCUCUCCCGUGUGGCCACGGUGGACUUCACCGAGCUCGAGUGGCACAUCUGCUCCAACCGGCAGCUGGUGCCCAGCUACUCGGAGGCUGUGGUCAUGGGCGCCGGCUCGGGCGCCUACCUCCGUGGCUGCCAGCGCUGUCGCCGCUCCGUCAGCAGCAAUUCGCUGCCGCCGGCCAGGCCCAGCGGGCCCCGCCUGCCUUUCAGCCGCAGCCGCCUCUCCCUGGGGGCCGGAGGCCGGGUCACACCCGGGGUCUUCCGGAGCCUGAGUGGGGGGCCGCUGGGGCGCCGUAGAGAGGACACAGAGCCCCUGGAGAGCCCGCCGUGCUACGAGGACGCCCUUUACUUCCCGGUGCUCAUCGUCCAUGGGGACAGCGGCUGCCGGGGGGACGGGCAGGGCGCGCGCUGAGGCCCCCCGGGCCCCCACCCUCCACCCAGGGCUUCGUGCCCGAGUCAUCGUCGUCCAGAGCAGGAGGGAACUCAGACCAGCACACGAGGCGGGUGGGGGUGGAGCCCCUAAACAGACUAAAGUGCGGUGACUCCGGGUCAUUUUGGGGGCGAACGGAUACCACCAAACUUGAGUCCGGAACGUCCGGGCGUGGCUCCGCCCACCACCGCCAGGUCCCGCCCCCUGCGGUGAUCUGUCUUGGGAGCUUAGGCUGGGCAGGAGAGGAAGUUUCCAGAAAGCUGAGAUGGAGGAGCCCUGAGGACAGCACAGGGCCUCCUGUGGUCUUCCCCGCUCUGCUGACGCCACACUGGGAGCCCUCGGGCCGCCCGACGCACAAACUGGUGGUUCGGGGCUGUGCCAGCUGGGCUGACCUCCAUGAAGCUGAAGAGCCGGUUACGGUAGCGCCACGGCCUCGGCCCCACUGCCCACCCAAAGUCCCUAUCCUCUUCCCCUCACGGCCCCCCCCCCCACCUGCCCUCUGGCCUCUGCCUGGGGCCAGCCCCUGACCAGACCCUGCAGCACAGCCCCCACUGGGGGUCUGGCCGUUGGAGCACAGCCUCUCCCUGCGCCACCCUCCGCUGUUCCUGGUGUGCCCGCCCCGCAUCCAGCUCCCCCUACAACCUGAGGCUUCUUCUCAGGGCCCACUUCGAUCCCACAUCCCCUGGUCCCCACCCAAGUCCACGUCCGCCUCUGUCAGCCACGCGCACAGCCUCUGGGCUUCGCGUGGGGACCCUUCGCUCCCCUGGAUCUCCCUCUGCUCUUCACUUCCUGGUGACCCACGGGACUCAGGGCCACAGGGCAUCUGAGCGGCCUCAGCCUGACAGCCUCCUGGACGAUGCCCUUGCUCUGCCACGGGGGCCUCCGCCUCCCUGAUCAGCCGGGUGUGGCCCAGGGGACACCAGUCCUCCGUGAGGGAGGAAAGAGUAGUCCCUUCCCUUCCAACUGGGCUUCCACCCUCUCGCAGGGACUGGGGGGGGAGGGAG